AUGAAAGGGAUUAACAGCGGUAGCGAAGGAAGCGGCGACAAGAUUGGCGGGCGCUUCUGGAGGGGGACGAAGCUGGGGUCGCAGGAUUACAGCCUUGGAGAGCGAAACAUUGGCGAAAAUGGAACCAUCGACGUCGGAGGCGAAGGCGAAGGGAGCGUUGCUAAUGGAACAUCAACUGAGUAUCGAACGUACAAACGACGAUGGAUCGGCCUCGCAACACUCACGCUCAUGAACAUUGUCGUUUCCUGGGAUUGGCUUACUUUUGCACCUGUUGCCGACUUCUCAUCGCAAUACUAUGGCGUCUCAAAAUCGGCCAUCAACUGGGUCAGCACCGCCUUCUUCCUCGCCUUUGUUGCCAUUUUCCCCAUCACCAUUGCCAUCUUGCACCGCGGCCCGAAGCUGGCCUUUAUGAUUGCUGCGGUACUCGUCAUCAUCGGAAACUGGAUUCGUUAUGGGGGUUCAACCAGCUCUUCCGGCGGUCACUUUGGUGCCAUUAUGGCCGGUGAAAUUCUGAUCGGUUUCGCCCAACCCUUUAUCUUGGCGGCCCCUACUCGAUACUCGGAUUUGUGGUUCACCAACCGCGGUCGAGUUGCUGCGACGGCAGUGACAAGUUUGGCGAAUCCCCUGGGCGGUGCUCUGGGCCAAUUGAUCAACCCUCUGUGGGUUAAGCAGGCGAGCGACGUUUCCCAGAUGGUGCUCUAUGUCUCCAUCAUUUCUACUGUUUGCUGUCUACCAGCCUUCAUCGUACCAGCCGCGCCCCCAACCCCUGUUGGACCUUCUGCCGAGACCCCAAAACUAAGCCUCAGGGCAUCCGUCAAAGUCCUCACUCACUCCCUUGAAUUGUGGCUUGUACUUAUUCCAUUCGCUGUCUACGUCGGCUUCUUCAACUCGAUCUCGUCUCUUCUCAACCAGAUGAUGACUCCCUACGGGUUCAGCGACGACGAGGCAGGUAUCGGAGGUGCCAUUCUCAUCUUCGUCGGCCUCGUCUUCGCAGCCAUUACCUCGCCGAUUUUGGAUAGAACCAAGAAGUUCCUCUUCGCUCUCAAGUUCUUCAUGCCCAUCAUCGGUAUCUGCUACCUCGUCUUCGUGUGGAUGCCCGAGACCCGCGAAGUCACCGGCCCGUAUGUAGUGCUCGCCAUUCUGGGGGCCGCUUCCUUUGCCCUGGUCCCCGUGGCUCUGGAGUUUCUCACUGAGCUCAGCCACCCGCUUAGUCCCGAGGUCACAUCCACUACCGCAUGGGCCGGUGGUCAGCUCCUCGGCGCCAUCUUUGUUAUCAUCAGCGAUGCUCUGGUUGCCGGUGAUGAUGCCAACCCGCCCAAAAACAUGAAGAAUGCUCUCAUUUUCCAGGCUGUCGUCGCCCUAGUUGUUUGCCCGUUGCCCCUGUUCUUGGGCCUAUUUGGCCGUGCAGAUAAGGUUGUUUUGAGGCGUGUUCGCUCCGAUGAGCAGGGCGCACGUACAAAUGUACAGACUGUUGUAUAA